GUGCUCAAAAAGGUAACAAUAAUUAACAAAGGACCCGACAGAAUGGUAACCCAUGCAAUCCCGUCAUAUAUAAGCGCCAAGGGUCACCCCAACACAACCGUAGGAUCAGCCUGACCCAUCUUGGACCAGGGUAAAAUAAACUACUCUGCUGUGACAUUGCAGUAAUCAGAUCUACGCAUCAUACUAUGCCCUAUUCAGGAAAUAUCAAAAAAGAGACGCACGCCUAAAUAGCCAGCGCGGCUAAGAGGCUCCCAAUCAGUAUGGCUUGGUUGCCCCCCACGAUGUCUUCAGAUGUCCCGUUUAGUUCGUAUAAUCAUGUCUCGAAAGCUCUUUCGUUUCUCGUUGCUUUUGUCAUCGAGUCUUGGGCUUUGGUAGUAAUAUCGUCGUUUUUUCAUACUCCCAGACCUCAAUACAACUAAACAAGGUAUUCGUCAUGUGGUUUAGACCACUCGCAGCACUCAUCUGCUUGAGUUCUAUCGUCUUAGGACAAGAUGAUCUUCCAGGACCGGGCGAACCAGCAUACACCUACACCGACGGCGGAUUCACCGAGCCAAGAGGGUCGCAAUCCACGUAUAGAAUGGGAGCAACGAUGAAUGUUAGUUGGCAUACGACAUUCGAAACUUCAAAUUUAUGGUUAAUCGUUGGUUGGGAAUUUAAUUCACCGAUACAACUUGCGUCAAAUUUGGGGCAGAACUGGUAUCAGUGGGAAGUAUCAACCGAUUCGACGAAUUCCUCCGAGAUAUACGCAUUCCGCGUGGUUAAUGCGACGGGGACGGAGGAAGAACAACAGAGCGGCGGUUUUUUGAGCGCGGCUUUUUGGAUCGAUGGGUUGCAGACUACCUCUUCAGUAAUAUCUUCAACUGCAUCCCAUAUAUCGACGUCCGCCUCUGCCCCUAUAACAUCUGCGACGACUGCCGCAGCAGCACUUCAAACCACCGAAAGCCCAAGCGAACCCCAGCCAGGCCUAUCAGAGGGUGGUAAAAUUGGUGUCGGAGUCGGAAUCGGGGUCGGUGCUUUAGGUAUCAUCGCGCUAAUUGCUGGAAUUUGGUUCUACAGGAGGUCGAGGAAUAGUAAAACACAGGCGGCUGACAGCAUGGAGCCCUAUUCCCCUCAGGCGUUCCACCCCGCACCACAGGCUUAUAUGGGCGCUGGCGGUACCCAACCUUAUAGCGAAUAUUAUAAGCCCGCUGGAAGAGGUGCUGAACUGGACGCAGGGCAGGGAUAUGGAUUUACACCGGAGGCUUAUUCGGACAAUGCACAAAGAGCGGAACUUCAAGGAUGAUGGGAUUAAAGGAUUGCGAUAUUUAGGAUACCCAUGAUUUUGGAGAAUGCAUAGCCUAUCUUGUUUAUAUUUAAUGGACGACAUACAUUCGUACAACACUUAGCCAGUGACUCUGGUGGUUACCGGUCCUUUCGGUGCCAGCGCGCCAUAUGCGUCGCAGUGCGAAGCCCCUUAAUUCCGGCUAGGUCGCCUAAUAGUGCUUAUUCUCCUAAAUAAACUAGGUCCCAGCCACCUAGGCGCCUAUGAUGGU